AUGCUCAUGAUCCUACACGAGGCUGAGAACCCGGCCAGAUCUCUCGCUCUCUACUUCGUGGGGCACUCCCGCCGAGACCUGGGUGUCGACCUCACCGGCCCGUCGGGUGCCUGUGCUGAGACACCGCCGCCGGCUUACUGGAAGGCGCUUCAGCUGUAUCGCCGCCUCGUGGAGCAGGCGCCUCAACUGGACAUCACGACAACACCAGCGUCACGCCUCGCCCAGGCCCUGUUGGAACCACAGCUCACUCCCGUGCAGAUUGGACUCUCGGAUUCGUUCCCAUGGGUCCGCCUCACAUCCCUCAACCUUCCAGGACACCUUCGAGACUUCGAGUGGCAGCGAGGCUGGGGAGUGCUUCCCACACGAGACCGGCUACUUCGGUGGGGCGUGUGUCGCACCGAUCAGUGCCCGAACUGCGACGACCGAGAGACGAACGUGCAUGUUGUGUCGGAGUGUGUGGUGACGCGCCCGUUCUGGCGGGUCGUUCGCUCUAGCUUUCGGGGGCUGGGCGUGGCACUUUACCUCCUGCGCGGACGAUGUCCUUCGGGGCUCUUCGCGUGCCUUCUGCUCGCCGCGAGCGAGUACGUCCUGUGGCGAAACCGGUGCUGCGCCGUGGGACGGGGACGGAGGCUGCGCGCGCUCUGGCCGCUUCUGUUCAGGCUACGGCGGGAGCUCGUGUCCCACCUCGAGGCGCAACUGUUCCUCCUCGGAGAGCAGGAGUUCCUGCGGCGCUGGUCCUGCCGAUACCUACACGUGCACAACUCUCGCAUUGAACUCCGUUUUCAAUAUGUUGAUCAUAUCUAGACCGCGUUAGGCGGAGAAAGGGGGAACGGGACGACGAUGCGGCCCUCUCUUUGAGGCGUCGCAGGGUCGGGACGUGCGAGCACAGUACCGGUUGGGGGGCCUCUUUGCGCGAGUGAUCGCGCGGACGGGCGCUUUGCCGAGCGGUGGGUGCGUGCCCGCGCCUU